AUGGACGAGUCAGUACCCAACUUUGCGUCGCUGACUGACAUAUACUGUGAUACGUCUACCGCUGGAGGUAUACCGCUGGACUUGUCCACUCGAUGGAACAGCUUACUCUCGCUGUUCAAGGAGACUUAUGGGUGCGCACCAGAUUUCGUGGCGCGAAGCCCUGGCCGAGUCAACAUCAUUGGGGAGCACAUUGAUUACUCUCUUUACGAUGUACUUCCCAUGGCAGUCACUGCGGAUGUCCUGGUGGCCGUCAAUGUUUUGCCUUCGCCUAUUGUCAAAAUAGCAAAUCUCGAUGCUGAAAGAUUCCCCUCACAAGAGUUUCGUAUUCCUGUGGAAGGAGAUAUCGAGAUUGACGCUUCAAAACAUGAAUGGACAAAUUACUUUAAGGCUGGCCUCAAGGGCGCACUGCAGUUUUUGCGCAGAAAAUGUGAGGGUGACUGGAAUCCUGUUGGCAUGGAAAUUGUCAUAGAUGGCACUGUUCCUGCUGGAGGUGGCAUGUCCAGCAGCGCGGCCUUGGUUUGCGCAUCUGCUCUGUCCGUUAUGGUAGCCAACAGUCAUGAUGUCUCGAAGCGUGAUCUACUCGACCUUGCCGUUGUCUCCGAACGAGCAGUUGGGGUCUUCUCAGGGGGGAUGGAUCAGGCAGCUUCGAUCUUCUCGAAUAGAGACUAUCUUCUUGACUGCGCCUUCUUUCCUUCAUUCCAUGCCGAGUAUGUCCCGGUACCUCGAUCAAAUCCUGAAAUUACAUUCCUCGUGGCGCAGUCUUUUGUUGCAGCGGACAAGCAUGUUACAGCCCCGAAAAACUACAACUUGCGGGUGGUUGAAUGUACUUUUGCAGCGCUUAUCCUUGCGAAGUUGCAUGAAGUGGUACUGAAACCAGACUCGAGCCCGCUUGGUUUCAGCUUGAGAAAUGCUCAAGAGGAGAUUAUGCGCAAGCAGGACCGACUAGACCAAGCGCCAGAAGAGCAGCUCAGGGCCAUGAUCUCUAUAGCUGAAGAGAAAUUAGAAAAGGAGAACGGUUACACUCGGGAAGACCUUGCCGAUAUACUUGGAACAUCGGUCAAGAAUUUAGAAGAGGAACACAUGUCCAAGUUUCCUGUUCAAGCCGACAAAUUCCAAUUGCGAAGUCGAGCAUUGCAUGUCUUCAGUGAAGCAAGGCGGGUUUUCGACUUCAAAAAGAUUCUGUCUGACGUACAGAACGGCCACGGAGGUCUUCGUGACCAGGAACUCCGCUUGUUGGGCAAUCUUAUGAAUGCCACGCAGAAGUCUUGUUCGGAAGUCUAUGACUGCAGCUGCCCUGAGCUCGACGAAAUCUGUGCCAUCGCCCGACAAGCCGGAACGUAUGGCAGUCGUUUAACAGGUGCAGGCUGGGGCGGCUGCACGGUGCAUUUGCUGCCACAGGGCAAUGUAGAAAAGGUGACCAAGGCGUUGAAGGAGGAAUAUUAUUACAAGCACUUUCCCGACAUUACGGAGGAGAAGCUCAAGCAGGCAUUAGUGAUCAGUAAGCCGAGUUCGGGCUCGGCAGUGGUUACUGGUUCUGCGAUGGAGCUUCAUCAUAGCAUUUAA